AUGUUGGUCUACCAGGAUAUUCUUACAGGCGAUGAGCUUCUCUCUGAUUCCUUUCCUUACAAGGAAAUCGAGAAUGGCAUGUUAUGGGAAGUUGAAGGAAAGUGGGUUGUGAAAGGAGCUAUGGAUUUUGACAUAGGUGCGAAUCCGGGUGAGGAAGGGGGUGAAGACGAAGGAGUCGAUGAUCAAGCUGUGAAGGUUGUCGAUAUCAUCGAUACGUUUAGGCUUCAGGAGCAACCAUCGUUUGACAAGAAACAAUUUGUGAUGUUUAUGAAAAGAUACAUCAAGCAACUAAGCCCUAAGUUGGACUCAGAAAACCAAGAGCUGUUCAAGAAACACAUUGAGAGUGCCACCAAAUUCUUGAUGUCAAAGCUCAAAGACUUCCAAUUCUUCGUGGGAGAGAGCAUGGAAGGAGAAGAAGGGAGCUUAGUGUUUGCUUACUACAGAGAAGGAGCCACUGAUCCUACUUUUCUCUACUUGGCCUACGGCUUGAAAGAGAUCAAGUGCUGA